AUAACAAAUUUUCUAUUCUCCCACAUCCAAAUAAACAAAUCCACACCAUCCUCCCCUUCUUAUCAUCCAAAACAAUGUAUUCUAUUGCCAAAUUCUCUCACCAUAAAGACACAACCAUGAACACCACAAAAAGAUACAACGAAAUAUCCCAUUUCAGCCACUCAAAACACAAACUAACAUUCCAAUACUCCGAUUUCCCAUUCAAAUGUGAUGGCUGCAAAGAAAUCGGCAUAGGCUCACGUUACAGCUGCAACAUUUGUGACUAUGAUCUUCACAUGCAUUGUUCCAUACCUUCUCCUUCUCUUUUCCAUCCUUUCUACCCUAAAUGUUGCUUCCAAUUCCUCUCAAAGCCCCCGGGCGACAUACCCCGUUAUUGCAACGCCUGUGAAAAGAGUGUCACUGGUUUUGUAUAUCACUGCUUUUCGUGCGGUUUUGAUCUUCAUCCUUGUUGCGCAAAGCUUCCAAUGAUACUCGAUGAUCAUGGUGAAAUGAAGUUGUAUCUAUAUCGUAAAGUGAGUUCGUCGUGUCAGCGUUGUGGACAAAAAGGGCGAAGUUGGAGUUAUAGGUCGUCGUGCAAGAAGUAUAACCUGCAUGUAGCAUGUGUGAGGGAGAUGAUUGUGGAGAGUUGGCAUCAGAUAUACGUUGGAAGGAGCAACGGAAGAACAACAGCAAUGGUUGAGACAGGUAUUCCUUUGAGUUUGAAGAAUGGUCUGCACACUGCAAAAAAUGGUGGCGGGAGAAGCAAAAGUAAGGCGAGGAAGUAUGCUGAGAUGGCUGGAAUGGCUGUACAGAUUGCUGUGUCUGCUGUUUUAGGAGAUCCAACGGUUCUUAUUGCUGGGAUUAUGGGGUCAUUGAUGUCAAGAACUUGAUCUUGUGGUGGAUAGAUGUCUCAAGAAUUCUCACUAAACUCUAUGGAGAGUAUGUAUUGUAGACCUUUGAAAGUUAUGAGUAGAAAAAGUGAUUGUAAUCAUAGAGUAUAUAUAACAAUGACUGUGAUUAGCACUCAAAGUAUAUAUACCUUCAAGGCCUUGUCACUAAGUUUAAUUUGAUCUUAAGAUAACUCGGUCGUUCUCAUGAA